UCAUCGACCUGAUGAGAGCACUUGAAAGAAAAACCUCGUGCCGUUGCCUCGCGCGUUGCGACUUGCCAGUUCACCGGACCUUCACUUUCCCACCGGCUAGAAAAUUUCAGGCGAAAACAUGCCUUCAAAAAGUACAAAAUUUCAGCCACUACCGACGUCAGACGCUGCCACAACAUUCGAAGAAGCCGACCCGGACUACCUGUGCGGAAUCUUCAAUUACAGGCCACGAUGGAUGCAGCGAUUUGCGAGAACCCACUACUUCCUAGUGUGCUACAUCAUCUACGGCGUGUGCCAGGGAGCACUCAAGGCCUACCUCAACGGCUGCAUAACCACCAUAGAGCGCAAGUUCGCGCUCACCGGUAAAAUGUUCAGCGUCAUACUGAUCGCGGACAACGUGAGUUCUCUGUUUGCCAGCCUUUUAAUUGGUUACUAUGCCCGCAAAGUGAGCAGACCCAGGAUGAUAGCGUUCUCUGUCUCAAUGUCUGUCCUGGGCUGCGUGCUAGCGGCCCUGCCAUAUUUCAUCUAUGGACCCGGUUUCAUCGGUGACUCUCAAGGACAACCAGCUCUCCAAGGAGAGGAACAAGAGUACCAGGUGAUAGGGGAUUCUAAGAAAGAGUUCUGCAGUCGUACGGACGGCAGUGAGGCAUCUGUGGCUCGCGACCAAUCACCAGCUGCCACUGCCAUACUCGCCGUGUGCAUUCUCUUCAUUGCGAAUUUCUUCAAUGGCUUCGGCGGAGCAGCUUUCUACAUAUCAGGCACAACCUACACGGACGACAAUGCUAAGAAGACAGAUUCGAUCAUCUAUUUUAGCAUUGUGUUCUCACUCCGAUUCCUGGGGCCUAUGCUUGGAUAUGUUAUGGCAUCAGUAUGUCUCCGGAUUUACGAGUCACCAUUCGAGACUCCAAGCAUCACUGCAAAACACCCGAAGUGGAUUGGAGCGUGGUGGCUGGGCUUCAUCCUGUGGGGUGUAUCACUUGUCAUCAUUUCGCUGCCCAUGUCUCUCUUUCCAAAGCACAUAAGGAGACAGUCGCACUCGCUCGACAAGCAACAGAUGCAGAAGGUUUCCUCUUCCGAGUCAACUCCUGAUACACUCAGAGAAAAAGUCGCCGGUGAUUUUGCAGAAUUCCGGCGGUCAUUCGCAAGGCUGUGUAAGAAUCCUGUCCUCAUGUGGAAGAUUGCAACCGUGAUGUUCGUCUUCAACGGUAUUGGGGGCUACAUUACUAUGUUCCCCAAGUAUGUCGAAAUACACUACAGGGUGUCGGCUUCAAAUGCCAGCCUUUUUACAGGUCCGACAAAGAUUCUGGCCAUGAUGCUGGGAAUGUUUCUUGGUGGUCUGAUGAUCAGAUUCUUUAAACCUAAGGCCCGUACCAUAGCCCUCAUGGAGGCGGCCAGUGACCUUAUUGAAAUCAGCUUCCUCAUCGCUGGCAUGUCCCUCUCCUGUGCGGGUUGGCAGCUUGCUGGAACCAGCAUGAGCACUUCCAGCAGCCUGUCUAUAACCAACGACUGCAACAAGGAUUGUGGCUGUACAGGCAGUUCCUUUCAGCCAGUGUGCCACGUGUUGGAGAAAGCGACGUAUUUUUCGCCUUGCGCAGCUGGCUGCUCCGAAGACGGAAAUGGAACAAUGCACUGCAGCUGUCUGAUGAACAACGGCACCACAGAAGAUGCUGUGGUGACGGACGGCUUCUGUGAAUUUGGAUGCGACAGCCUUUUCAUUCUUGUCGCCCUGACCAGCGUCAGCAAACUCUUGGCGCAGCUACCGAGGGUCGGAGGAGUGAUUGUCAGUUUCAGAUGUGUUGAUCCAGCGGACAAAGGCCUUGCAGUAGGAAUGAUUGGAGCGGCAUUUAAUCUACUAGCCGCCGUGCCGUACCCGCUCAUCUACUCGGCACUGUUCGACGCGACGUGCCUUGUGUGGGACGAGCGAGGCGGCCAUCGAGGCAACUGCUCGUUCUACGACGCGGACAAGCUGCGGAUCGUCUUCCACGGCGUGACCAUAGCCUUCCUGAGCAUGGGCCUUCUCAGCAACCUGAUGGUAUCCUACUACAGCAAGCGUGUCACCAACUUGUACGGCGAAGCGGACGCCCGUGCUGAGGAGACCGCCGCUGCCGCGUCCGUGUGGGACGACAACUGCCUACGCAUGGUCGAACUGGACGAAGACGCCAUGCGCAAGAUGACUGCCGAGGGAGAAAAACCAGCACAGCAGCAAGUACGCUGCUUCUUCAUGCCUUCUGGAAAGACCCCCAAGUUUGAAUCGGUUCCGACGAAGGACCCGGAAGAUGACGGCGGCGCAAGACGAGAAACGGACCCGGAUUUUAUGUGCGGCAUCUUUGGAUACAGGCCACCAUGGCUCCAGCGAUUCGCCAAGGCUUACUACUUCCUCCUUUUCUACACGCUGUUCGGAAUUUUCCAAGGGGCACUCAAGGCCUACCUCAACGGCUGCAUUUCCACCUUAGAGAAGAAAUUCGGCCUCACGGGCAAGACAUUCGGAGUCAUCCUCAUUGCGGACAACAUAAGCGCGCUCUUCGCCAGCCUGCUCAUCGGCUACUACGCUACGAAGAUCAGCCGUCCUAAAAUAAUCGCAUUCGGUGUUUGGAUCUCCGUGCUGGGAUGCUUCUGCAGCGUGCUGCCGUAUCUCAUCUACGGGCCAGGAUUUAUAAAUCAAGGAGGGCCUAUGCUUGGUGCGAAAUCGCCCGGUGCGUCGCACAGUUCCAGGGCGCAGCUUAAGUUCUGCACCGCGGCAGAACAGGACUUGAGCGAGGGGACAAGCAAUGUAACCGACGAGACACCCGCACCAACAGCCAUUGUAGCCGUAUGCCUGCUAUUUUUGGCCAACUUCCUGAACGGUAUCGGCGGCACGGCUUUUUACAUCUCGGGGGCAACGUACACCGAUGACAACGUCAAGAAGAAGAACUCUCCUGUCUAUUUCAGUUUGAUCAUGUCCCUACGUUUGGUCGGACCCAUGUUGGGAUAUGUGUCGGCAUCUGUUUGCCUGAGCAUCUACGAGUCACCAUUUGAGAAACCGGGAAUCAACCGCAAGCACCCUAACUGGAUCGGUGCCUGGUGGCUGGGCUUCGUCAUUUGGGGUGGCGCCAUGGCACUGAUGUCGCUGCCCAUGUCCCUGUUCCCGAAGCACAUUCGGAGGAGUUCUGCGCACGCGAUCAACGAGACCAAAAAGAACGAACCCAAAUCUCUGGGUGAGAAGAUCGCAAGCGAUGCACGAGAGUUCAAGACUGCUGUGAGCCGCCUUUCCAAGAACCCCGUGUUGAUGUGGAAAAUGGCAACGCUUAUUUUCGUCAUCAACGCCAUCGGUGGCUACGUCAGUAUGUUUCCCAAGUACGUCGAGAACCAGUACCGAGUCUCGGCAUCAAAGGCGAGCCUCUUCACAGGACCCACGAAAGUCCUGGCCAUGAUGGUUGGACUUUUUCUUGGAGGAAUGAUCAUUCGCUUCUGGAAGCCUCGUGCUCGCACAAUAGGCCUGCUGGGAGCCUUCGCCGACUUCAUCAACAUUUCGUUCCUCUUCGCGGGCAUUUUCCUCGGCUGUUCUGGCUGGCAGCUGGCGGGCACACGUGUCGAAAGUGACGGCAGGCUGUCCCUGAGCAAUCCGUGCAACGAGCACUGCGACUGCCCUACUGGACGCUUCCAACCUGUCUGUCACGUCGCUCAGCGGGCCACAUACUUCUCGCCUUGUGCUGCCGGGUGCCUCGACAGAGGAAACGGUUCCAUGGAUUGCUCCUGCAUAACGGAAGCCAUGGGCACCGACACCGACGCAGCAUUACCCAACAUGGCUACCGGAUUUUGUGACUUCCCCUGCCAAAACCUAUUCAUCCUUGUAUCUAUCAUCAGCUUGGGAAAGCUGAUAUCUCAGCUUUCUCGGGUAGGAUCAACGCUCAUCACACUCAGGUGUGUUGAUCCAGCAGACAAAGGAAUAGCAGUCGGAAUGCUCGCCGGCUGCUUAAACUUCCUAGGGGCGAUUCCGUACCCGCUCAUCUACACGGCCAUAUUCGACGCCACCUGCCUCGUGUGGGAAGACCGGGGUGGUCGCCGGGGCAACUGCUCCUUCUACGACGUCGACAAACUGCGCGUCGCCUACCACGCCGUCACGAUCAUCUUCAUGACCCUCGGGCUGGUGUGCCAGCUCAUCAUGUCCUACUACGCCAAACGCGUCACAGACAUGUACGGUGAAGCGGAACUUCGCGAAGGAGACGCCGCUGCGUCCAAGGCAGGGAACGGUGCGCUGGAACUGAACGCUAUCAACGGUGCCCCCGCGGGGAAGACGAUGCCGACUAGCUCUGCGGGAGAGCGUAACAGGGGGGAACCUCGGCGGCCCGUCGAGACGCCACUUCUCAUGAAUGCUCACAAGCAGGGCAGUCUCAACGCCGAAGGCAGCCACGAUGCCGGCGGCGUGCACGGGAGAGCGGCGCCGGAAGCAGCGGAAGCGCCUGCGCCGAAGAAGGACCAAGAUCAGGCGCGGGAUUCGACGCAAGGCGCCGAAAAUGACAGCGACUACCUGUGCGGCGUUGGCAACUACAGGCCGGACUGGCUGCAGAGGUUCGCCACUUCCCGUUACUAUGCCCUCGUGUUUGGUUUGCUGGGCAUCUUUCAGGGUGCCUACCGUACGUACCUGGUCGGGACACUGUCUACCGUGGAGAGGCGCUUCUCGCUGUCGAGUCGCGCCUCUGGCAUCAUAAUGAUUGCCGACGACCUGAGCCCCAUCGUGGCCAACCUCGUGAUGAUGGUGUGCCUGAGGCGCACCAGCAAACCUAACUGGGUGGCCGGAGGCAUGCUGUUCUCGCUUCUGGGAACCAUGGCGAGCUUGCUGCCAUACGUGGUCUACGGUCCGGGAAAGCACCUUCUGGGAGACUUCCAGACAGUCGGUGGCGUCGCCACCCAGACGACCCAGUUCUGUGGCACUUCGGAUGACGAGGCGGCUGCGGCAAGUUGCAAAGCAACCAAGGAGGACGCCGCUUCACUCGGGCCUUUGCUGUUCUUUUUCAUGGGUAACUUCCUGAAUGGACUGGGUGGCUCCGCUUACUACGCCAUCGGGACCACUUACAUGGACGACAAUGUUAAGAAGAAGAACUCGGCUCUCUACUUCGGGUCCUUGUAUGUCUUCCGUCUCCUGGGACCUGUCUUGGGCUUCACACUGGCGUCGCUUAGCCUCAGCUACCCUGAAGAAAUGAAAGGUACGUCCCCGCUUCAGCCUGGCGACCCUCGUUGGAUCGGCGCCUGGUGGUUCGGCUACAUCUUCAUUGGCUUCGGCCUAUUCCUCAGCACACUUCCAAUGCUGUUCUUUCCGAAAAAGAUCCGGUCAAAAUCCGAAGCCAACAAAGGAGACGCGCUGAGCACGGACACGAGUUUGAAAGCGGACCUCAAAGAGGGAUUGCAGGGACUCGCAAGGUUGGCCCGAAAUCCUGUCUACGUGUUUCGCCUUCUCGCAGCAAUCGCGAGCUACAUUGCUCUGGCGGGCUAUUACAUUUCAUUCCCACGUUACACGGAACACCAGUUCUCCCAGACGGCGUCCAAGGCCAGUCUUAUUGCCGGACCUACUUACAUCUUGUCGAACGUGGUCGGCGUCGUUCUGGGCGCCGUGUUCGUGCACAAAGUGAAGCCGACGCCGAGAGUAGUGGGCAUACAGACCGUUUUCGUGGUGUUCGUCGCCGCAGUUGGUAUAACUUCACUCAUGGCAAUAAACUGUGGCUCGAUACAGUAUCCCGUGGUUCCAGAUGCGGCCAGUGGAGUGACCAUCCAAAACCAGUGCAGCGACGGAUGCGACUGCUCCACGAGAGUCCAUCGUCCAGUGUGUGACCAAGAGACAGGAACACAGUACUUCUCGGCGUGCUUUGCAGGCUGUCCGGCCAGCCAGUUCAAUCAGACAGAAUUUAUGGAUUGUCUCUGUCUCCAGUCGGAACAUGGAAUGAAUAAGUUCAACACGGGAAAUGUUUCAAACAGCAAAUGCGAGCAGGAUUGCUUUGACGCCAUGAUGAUCUUUGCUGGUGUGAUCUUCGUGAUUCAAAUUGCACUGGGAAGCACACACGUUGGUUCGACUAUCAUCGCGCUAAGGUGCAUAGAGCCACGGGAUAAAAGUCUCUCCUUGCUCGUCGUGUCAGCUAUCAUGAACGCAUUCGCUUUUAUCCCGUACCCACUAAUCUACGGUGCACUUACGGACGCCUCGUGCAUCGUCUGGGAGGACCGGUGCGGUGAGCGGGGAUCCUGCUGGCUCUACGACCUAAGGAAGCUUCGCUUCCUUAUACACGGUGUCACGACAGCCCUGCUACUCGCCGGCUGCAUCUUCCAGGCCUGUAUGGCAUAUUACUGCAAGCGCAUCAAAAACUUUUACGACGACGAAGUGGAUGACGAAACCGGCAACGGUGAAAAGACUGGUGGUGACGGUGUCCACGUGCCCCUCAGGCUGUCCAUCGCUGAAGGACCUGAGCACCACGCGGGAGGUGCUGGAGCCGAUUACCGCCCGAGAACUCGGACAACGAGUAUCGAUAGCUGGGAGUUUCAAAACUUCAAUCCUCACCAACGUGACCAAGUGAAUGCGCGCACGGACAGUGGCAGUUACGCUCCAUCAUUGUUUGAAUCAUUAGCACGAACGGGUUUUUCAUUCAUAUCGCGUCUUUGUCAUUGUUCUGAAUCGCUCAUGGACUUAACGGAGACGUUGAUUCACGAACACUGAGUGAACAUCACGCGUAACACAGCAUAUGUCUUUAGUUGUCACUCCCCCCACGGGCACUGCAUAAGAUGUGUUUGCCUGCAUGGGCGCGUCGCAUGAAUACGCAAGGCAAGAAGGCCUAAGCCCGCGGUAGUUCCGCUGGAACUAAUAAAGAUUAUUCGCUCCUCUA